UAAACAAGACCAACUACAAUUAAGAACAUGACGGGAGAGUUUGAGAUGGCCGGAACUUGGUGGAGUUCGCCAAUAAACACCGCCACCUCCGUAUUCUCUGGCUACUCGCUGCCACGUCACACUGAGAGUAGCCUCGAUAUCACAGAUUUCGAGUGGCAAAACUUCGAUAACAAAACCAACGAUCACAAUGAUGAUUUUAUGAACAUGCAUAACAGUUUCUUCGAAGGAUUAUUCGAUCCGAAUGAGCAAUUACUGUCAGAUUCUUGGCCAAAAACUACAAUUUCUACCGCGAAAUCUGAGCUACUCGAAAGCUUCCCGUUCUUAGAUAACAUGUUCUUGAUCAAUUCAGAAGCUCAUGAUCAUAUCAAAGACCAUAAGUCUAAGGAACAAAUCACACAAGACUGCAUGAAUCUUACUCCAAAGAGGAGUGAAAGGACUGAAGAAUUAAAAGAGACAAGCGAUGAAUAUUCACCACGAUUGUUAAAAAGGUCAAGAAUCGAUACAUUAUCUCCAUUGCCAAGCUUCAAAGUUCGUAAAGAAAAACUAGGUGACCGAAUCACUGCGCUUCAGCAACUGGUUUCACCAUUUGGCAAGACAGAUACGGCUUCUGUUCUUAACGAAGCUGUAGAGUAUAUCAAGUUUCUUCAAGAACAAGUCACUGUAUUGGUUAAUCCAGACCAUAACACCAGACAAUCUGUUCAACGACAGCAGUGUUCAGACAAAGAAGAAGAAGAAUGUAAUUCAAGAAGACAUGAAGACCUAGCGAGCCGUGGGCUAUGUCUGAUGCCGAUCUCAGCAUCAUAUCCAGUGGCUGCAGCCGCGGCUUCUGCUGCCGAGAUGAACACAUAUGACUUCUCGAAUCUUACAUUCGCGAUGAACUCAUAAAUUAGAUACAUAAACAAAGAAUUAAAGCUCUCUUACACAUUUAAAAAGAAACGAACGAGAGGGUAUAUAUCUUGUAAAGUUUAAUGUUUCUUUUAUACAAUGUAAAUGUCAUGUAAUACUUCAAGGCCUAAAUUGUUUGUUUGCCUUUUGUUGCUUUUUGUGUAUACU